AUGCAGGGCAGCCUGGAGCCGCUGGGCGGGGGCCGGGUGCCCGCGGGGCCAGGGGACAGCCAGGCCGCGGCCGAACUGCAGGAGCUGGCCCUGAGGUGGUUCAUGGAGACGCAGGCCCCCCUCGUCCUGCAGGACGGAGCCCUGCCCCCCUGGUUCCACGGAUUCAUCACCCGAAAGCAGGCGGAGCAGCGGCUCGGGGACCAAGCUGUCGGCUCCUUCCUCGUCCGCCUCAGUGACCGGACCACCGGCUACAUCCUGUCCUACAGGGGCAGCGACCGGUGCCGGCACUUUGUCAUCUCUCAGCUCCCCAACCGGCGCUACCUGGUCUCGGGGGACACGCACAGCCACCGCAGCCUGGCCGCGCUGCUGCACCACCACCAGGAGGCGCCGUUUGAGCCCUUCGGGGAGACCCUGGCCGCGGCCUGUGCCCGGCCGCAGGACGAGGACCCCUACGACGCCAUCACCCUGGGCCUCCACCGGGACCCCCCGGGCCUGGGAGACGCACCUGCCGGACCGUCCCCCUGGGGGGCCCCAGACCAGGCCGGCAGCCCCCGCCCCCCGCCCAGGCCUCGGGACCCCUUCCUCCACGCGGAGUGGAGCCCGGAGCCCCCCGGCCGGGUGCCCCCCGUGCCUGAGAGGAGGGCCUCGCUCCCGGACCCGUCGGAUGGGGGCUCCCGCGACACGGUCUACGCGGAACUGAGGAGACUGACGCCCGCGGGCAGCCAGGCCUGCGCCCCAGACGCGGGGGCCCAGAGGCGAGGCCGGGACGGAGGCCAGCACAGGCCGGCUGGCCGGGGGCCGCCCCUCUCCCCGGGGACCCCAGCUCCCAGCCCCGCGGCACCUCCGGCUCCCUGGGGCCGCCUCCUGCCGCCCGAGGCUCCGGGACCCUCAGCUGCCCCCUGGAGCCAGGGGUCCCCGCGGCCCAGCCCCCGGGCCCGGCCCAGCUCCCCCGACACCUACAGGCUCAGCAGGACGGCGGGCUCCCUGGGGGAGGAGGGGGGCGACGAGCCGGCCGGGGGAGGGGGCAGCGUCUACGAGCAGAUCCCAGGCUGCUGGGGCGGCCCCGCCAGGCCCCCGGGUCCCGGGGCGGGUCUCACGCCCGGCAGGCUGUGGGCGCCCACAGACUGGGGCCGCGAGAGGAUCCCGGGGGCCCCCGAGGCCAGGAGCCCCUGUGAGCAAAGCCCAGCGGCCACGAGCUCGGACGCCGGGCGGACACACAAGCCCGACAAGUACCGGCGGUUCUUCUUUGCGGACAAGAAGCCCAGAACCUGA